UGGUUGUUUUUUGCGAUUUUAAGUCUGUUUUUGGACGUUUUGUGUCUUUGCAAUUAUUUUGUAUGUGUUGUGGGUCAGUUCGAGUUUCUUCAUUGUUAUUUUGUGGUAAUUUUAAGUGUGUUUUUGGUCUUUUUUGUGUCUCUUUCUGGGAUAUUUUACAGAUGAAGUUCUAAUUCUUCCUGUAGUUAAUGUAUUUAUUAGUACAUCUUUACUUUAUAUUUUUGCUUAUUGUUCAUCAGUUUAAGUUGAUUAUGUAUUUUAUUAAUAGUUCUCGUGUCCUCGGCUGGGUUGUGAUGAAAUAAUGUCACAGUUGACGUGAACUUUACCCAACAUAGUGGAGGGGAAAAUAUCAUAUCUUUCCCAACAUCCGGCGGUUGCCUCGUGUAAUUCGGUCCCCUCCUCCUGCUGGAAACGGCUCCCGCGGCUCUAUGGUUCCACCCAAACAAACAAAGCUCAGCUGGAGGUUUUUUUUUUACCCGCAGAAACGUUGCAGCGCUCGGCGUCCAGCCUGCUCUGAGUGGACAGACCUUCCGUUAACCGGAGACGAUGCCGAUGGGUGUCCUACGGUUCGCUAGCUGACGGUUUCGCCUGUAUUUUGUGUCGUUGCGCAACAUUGGCAGCAACGUUAACGGAGCUCGCUGCCGUCCAGCUCCGCCCGGCUCCGCUCCAGAGAUGACAACCGAGCUGCCCGUUACCGUGUCCGCCUUGAAACAGCUACGGUAGACGGGUGUCGGUCCCAGUGUGUCUGCUGCUCGGACAGGGAGGAUUUUAUUGAGUCAAGCUAGCUAAGCAGCUCCCUGCCUGGUAAAUUACCUCCCUCCUCCUGUUUGCUGCACUGCUGCCGUCUCCUCCUGGUCUUCUCCAGCCGCCGGCACUAUGAGCACGAUGCGUGUCGAUGCCAAAGUGGUGAUGCUGGGAAAGGAGAGCGUCGGGAAGACCAGCCUGGUGGAGAGAUACGUUCAUCAUCGCUUCCUGGUGGGCCCGUACCAGAACACCAUUGGUGCUGCUUUUGUUGCCAAACCAAUCCAGGUGGGAGAGAAAGUGAUAACGCUGGGAAUAUGGGACACGGCUGGAUCAGAGCGCUACGAAGCCAUGAGCAGAAUCUACUACAGAGGAGCUCGAGCCGCCAUCGUCUGCUACGAUCUGACUGACAGCAGCAGCUUCCAGAGAGCUCGGUUCUGGGUGAAAGAGCUGCAGAACUGCGAGGAGCACUGUAAGAUCUACCUGUGUGGCACCAAGAACGACCUGAUCGAAGGAGACCGAAGCCUGCGCCAAAUUGACUACCACGACGCUCAGGACUUUGCUGAAGAGAUCGGUGCGCAGCAUUUUGAGACUUCCAGUAAAACAGGAAACAACGUGGAUGAGCUGUUCCAGAAAGUUGCAGAGGAUUACAACAGCACUGCCUUCCAGUACAUGACAGAGGAACCAGGUGUCGACUUGGGCCAGAAGAAAGACUCAUAUUUCUACUCCUGUUGCCAUAACAACUGAUGCCGAGCAACAGGAAGGGAAACCGAAGCGGUGGCUUUCCCUCGGCUGGAGUCAAACCUGGAUAUGCUGGACGGCUGUGACUAAUCUCUGGAUGCGAAUCACAGAAACAGAAAUCAGACAGCACCGUUUAUACCUUCGUACAUACACUAGUUUCUUUUGUGCCAUAAAGACCUGAGGGCUGCGAGACCCUGUGGAAGAGGAUUUACUAUGACUGCACUGGGCGGGGAGGGAUCUAAAGACUUUUCAUAUCAAGUGGUCACUGUUCUGUAGCUCACAGAGAAGCUGCAGUCAAACAGUGGGUUUGAAAGAUGACCUGCAGCGGUGAAGAGGUUUAAAGAGUGCUGGCAGAAAAGAGGGAUUCCACUGAACCCGGACAGAUGCUGUUCAGGAGGACAAAUCGUUUGUUUACAGCUGUUCAUUUUGUUUACCUCCAACUGUAUUUAACCCUGUUGUGGAAGCCUCCACUUGUCAUGGAGAGAAGCUGAGAUAUGUGUCAAAGAACAAGACACUCCCACUAAGUAACCAUAAUGAAACACUUUGCUGGAGUAACACAUGAAUGACAUGAUUAUCUCUAUAGAGGCCUUCAUACCAACAAAUGGCAGGAUUGUGUUUGUUUACGUUCUUGAGCUUCAGCUCUUUGGUGUUUACCACGACUUCAGCUGUGUGACAGCCAUGGAUGUGUUUAAAGAGUUGAAAUUGCUGCCACUCAGCCUUGCUCUGACCAUAGACUAUAAAUAAAUGAUGGAUGUAGGCUAAAAAAAAUGAAGUAAAUUUGGAAAUUCUUUCUAACAGCCAGCAGGAGGCGACUCUUCUGAAGUUUGAUUGUACAGAAGUUUAGAAGGAAAUGAACCUACUUCUCACUUGAUUUGUUACCUCAGUAAAUAUUUUCCUAAUGAUGUUAUGGUCUCAAUUGCUAGUUUCAAGUCUCCACUAAUACAGCAUGAUGAUUAUUUUGUAAAUUAUGGUCCUAUUUUGAGGAAAAUAAACAAUAAAGCAGGGUCCAGUUUAGCUAGUUUCAAAAGAGCAAGCUGUCGACGGCCAAAUGCCAACCUUGAGCCUUCAAAUUCAUAUUCCACAAACCAAGAAUGGUUGCUGAAUUCAUCUUUUAUAUACAGUCUAUAGAAUCCCCCAGUGGCCACUCGUGGUACUACAACAACAACAAAAAAAAUCCACAAAGACCUUCAAGGUGAAAUCUGAUUAUGAAUUUUAAAAAUGUGAAUGUUUGAUAUUUGUGAAGUUUUCCCAAAGCCCAGAAAAUCUCCUUUUGAGCACUUAAACCAUCUCAAAGUAAAGUCUGGUAGCAGAGUGGUGACACACAACAGGAGUAACACUAAUGCACAUGAGCAGAACAAGUCCAAUACAGAGUUCUUCUAAAACAUCCAUGGUGACAGUACAUAUCAGAUCGUUUCCGUUUUUGCACCAUAAGCUAUGAUAUUGUCAAAAGGUAGAAAAAUAAGGUGGUUCUAAGGUGGUGGUUGUUACCUAAAUGCCCACAUUUCUGAGAUCAAUAAGUUGCAUGGCCAAGAAAAUGUUAGGGAGAAUUACUUUUCUAUGUUUAAUUUUCAGUUUUGUAAUCCUAAAUGAAAAUGUGAUUGUCAAAUUUCCGUUGAGUCGCAUCAAAUGUCGAGCAUUGGAAGGUUUUUAGGAAAAGGAUCACCAGAGUUCCCCUCCGCUGUGGUGACAAAAGGAUUUCACCAACAGGAAAAAGCCUCGAGGACAAAUGUUGUAAUGUGGGUAAAACUGUCAUCUCUCAAUGUUCUCAGAACAAUAUCUAUAGCUAUAUUUAAGACUUGAGUCACUAAUUUAUUGCCUUUUAAGUUGUGCUGCCAGACGGACGUGCAGGGAAAUAAACGUACAUAAACGCAGUUUUCUCCAUGUCGCUGCUUCGGUGUGUUGACGUUCGAUGUGUUGAUAUUUCGAUGCACAAUAUUUUUAUGGAGGCUGUCGAAGAGAGAUUGGUGUCCAAAUAUGUUCUGUAAAAUAAAGAGCUUGUUCCAAGAAUGUCUGAAAACUGAUAA